CAAACCCAUUCCUCUUUCUAUACCCUUCUCUCAUAACCAAAAAAAUAAUGAAAAACCUUUCGUUCACAAGUCUUCACCUUUUGGUGGUGGCAAUGGCGGCGCUUCUCACUGGAGCUCGUCUCGCCGAGGCGGUGACUUGCAGCACUAUGGAGCUUAGUCCAUGCAUCGGUGCAUUCACGUCGACGGCGCCACCGUCGGCCGCUUGCUGCAGUAAGCUGAAAGAGCAACAACCGUGCUUUUGUGGGUACAUCAAGAACCCAAAGUUGGGAGCUUACGUGAAAUCUCCUCGUGCCAAAACUGUUAUUUCCACAUGCGGUGUUUCCUUCCCCAAAUGCUAGAGGCCAUGCUUUUGAAUGGGCUUUUGUUAUGGGAAUUAAGUUUGCUUCUGCUGCGUCUACUUAUACUUAUAGGCUCUACCUUCAAUAUUAAAUGACGACUAUGAAUAAAAUGGAAACUGAACUGAUAUUUUCUUCGUCUA